GACCGACUGCGAUACAAGCUAAUCUACUUCCCAUUUCAAGGUUUCCCAUUGGCACCUAAUGAAUCUUUCUUAUUUUGCAUCUUGUGGUGAAUAUCUUUUCUUUGUUGUUACUAGUAGCACAAUUUUCGGUUGGAAUUCUACAUUAAUUCUACAUUAACACCUUUUAACAAACACUGUGGCUAACAAGGUAUUUGUGGUAUCAACAGCUAACAUCUUCAUCUUUCUCUUCUUCUGGCAGGUGGCUAAAGCGGGUGGGGGGGAGAGAUCCUCUAUACACUUCCUGAGAACGAGCUUCCUCUGCCGCAGCCCCAACCGCGCGACGACGGCCUCGCCCUCCAAGAAGAAGCUGCUAUCGUCGGUGCGCGGCUGGCUGCUGUACAAGUCUGCCCUGGACCUGUGGGACGACGUGAACCAACAGCAGCAAGCGCCGCUGCAGCCCUACGCCAUGGCCACGUUGCCGCCCAAGAAGAGCGCUUUAACAGGAUCAGCGGGCGCGGGUUCAGGUCCGCGGCCCGGCGCCCUCCGCCAAGCGUCCAGCGUGGGCCACUUGGCUACGCUGGGCCGCCUCUCGCUGGCCAAGAGCGCGUCGGCGUCGCAGGACGCCCUCGCGAGUCCGCGCGCCCCGCCCGCCCCCGCGCCACCGCCCGCGCCCGCCCCGGCCCCCGAUCCCGCGGCCGGGGACGGCUUUAGCGGGUCGCUCAUCAAGCGCAGCAAGUCUCUGUGGAAGCUGGUGCGCCCCAAGGACAACCUGCUGGAGGGCAUGUCGCUGUGGCAGCACCGCUCGCUGGUGGAUGUGCCAGCGGCACUGGAGGCGGAGGCGGCGGGUGGUGGAGGUGGCAAGGAGCGCAGCCUGCCGCGCACGCCGCCGCGCGCGCCCUCCGCGCCCGUCUCCACCCGCGGGCACGCCCACACCCGCCCCGCCCGCAGGGACGACCACGACGGCCUACUGCUGCCGCGCCAGUCGCUCUCCUCGGAGGCCGGCGGCCCCAGCUCCACGGCCAGCACCGCCAGCGACGGCGACAGUGGCGGCGACUGCGAGUCGUGCCUCGUGGUGGACGACCACCUACGCGCGGCGUCGCUGCAGCGCAUAAGGGGCGGGGCCGCGGGUGCGGGCGGGGCAAAACACCAGCAGCAGGGCGCGGCGGCGCGCAAGGUGCGGCGCGCGCAGCUCGACGGAGGCACCAGCCCCGACAGCGACGGCCUGCUGCACUACGGGCGCACGCUGCAGCAGCGCAUGCGCAAACCCGAGCGCGGAUCGCGCUUCGACCAGCGCUCCGAGACCACGGGCAACCGCUGCGGGCCCUGGUACGACCUCUGGGGUGCGGACGCCUCCGUCAGACGUUGA